AUGUCGUCGGCUGCCUUACAAACGGCCCCCCAUCAACACACCGCUCUGGCCUCGUCCCCCUUGAGCACACCGUCGUCCCGCCAGUACAGGCCCUCACAUUCAUCCCCUAACGGUAACGGCCAGGCGUACAAUGCCCAGCAGACCUCGACCGCUUCUUCAUCUUCGCGACGACCUCCUUCACGAAAAACGAACGACAGCGCUCCCUCGCCUUCUUAUCAUCUAGCUCCCGGCUUCGGUUCACCCGUCACCGCCUCAGCGCCUAACGACCAAGAGCCUUCAGCCUCUGCCUCCGACUGGCAAGGCAACAUGCCUCCUGUCGCUCCCCCAAGGACCUCGUCCAACCACCAGAGUGGUAGUUCGCGGAGGUCCCAGUAUCCUAACGAAAAGUCUACCAAUUCUCCCCGCCGAAACGAAUCCGCUCGAACUGGUUCGCGUGGUGAUUCAGCGGCUGCAGAGAACGGUCACCGAAGCAGCAAGGCUGACGCUGCUGCCCGAGCCAGUAGCCGAGAUGGCAGGGCCGCAACCACUUCCAUGCCAGUCCGAUCCGCACACAGCACACCCUCGAAACCCGUCCACGAUGCCACUGACAGCUUAACGAAAGCCAUUGCUGCUGCUCAAGAUACCAUCGACCGGGAUCGCAAUCAUGGUGCAGUUCAGCAUAGCGUCGAAGAUGCCGCAGCGCCGCCUCCUGUUGUCGCGACGGGCGAUCACCACGAGGAACGACGAGGACAGCGAAGUCGACACGAUCAUAGCCGAAGCCACAAGGGCAAUACCAAGUUCGGCGAUUUUAUUCUGGGCAACACUAUCGGUGAAGGUGAAUUUGGCAAAGUGAAACUGGGUUGGAAGCAGGACAGUAGCGUCCAGGUUGCCAUCAAGCUCAUCAAGAGAGACAGUGUGGGUAGCAACCCCUCUCGUUUUGCCAAGAUUUACCGCGAAGUUGCCAUCCUUCGCGGAGUCCAACAUCCUAAUAUUGUGCGUCUAAUCGACAAGGUCGAAACAGACCGACACAUUGGCAUCAUCCUCGAGUACGCGUCGGGUGGUGAACUUUUCGACUACAUCCUUAACCACCGUUAUCUAAAAGAUAAUGCGGCUCGUCGCUUGUUUGCCCAGCUUGUGUCUGGUGUUGGAUAUCUCCAUAAGAAGGGAAUCGUACACCGGGAUCUGAAGUUGGAAAACCUGCUUCUCGAUCGAAACCGCAACAUUAUUAUUACCGACUUUGGCUUCGCCAACACCUUUGACCCCAACGAAGAAUUGAGCAAGGAUGAAGAGCUUAAUCUCACAGAUAAGGAAUUUGUGAAGCGAAUGGGCUUAGACCGGGUCAAGAUGAACGGCUCCAGGAAGGGUGAUCUCAUGCAAACAAGUUGUGGAAGUCCUUGUUAUGCCGCGCCUGAACUGGUUGUCAGCGAUUCUCUUUACACGGGACGCAAGGUGGAUGUCUGGAGUUGUGGUGUCAUCUUGUAUGCCAUGCUCGCCGGUUACCUCCCCUUUGAUGACGAUCCCGCCAACCCCGAAGGCGACAACAUCAACCUUUUAUACAAGUAUAUCGUGACAACACCUCUGACUUUCCCUGAAUACGUCACACCUCACGCUCGAGACCUUCUCCGCCGCAUUCUCGUCCCUAAUCCCCGUAAGAGAGCGGAUCUUUUCGAAGUUGCUCGACACAGCUGGUUGAGCGAAUACGCGAACCUCGUUGAGUUCAUCACAAGCUCGACAACAUUACCGUCAGAAGUCCCCGAUUCGGGCGCGUCACCGGACGACUACGCCGAGGCCCCGACCAUUGCCCGAAGCUCAUCUGUCCGCGAAGCUUCCAAGCAAAAACAAUCUCAUCCUCCUGUUGUUGGAGGGCUGGCGAAGACUCAUGGCAGUGUCGAUCCCGAAUCUGAGACUACUCAUCGCAGCACACCGAAGGAUGCAAAGCGAAGAACAGUCCAGGUCGAAUACGUGGCCCCUACAACGAAAACUCAGCGUGGUGCAGACGCUGCGCCUUCAAAACCUAGUUCCCAUUCCCUCCAACAGCAGGCACCUGUGGAUGUGCUUGAAGCCAAUACUGAGAAGCCUCUCCCACGUGAACCUCCUAUGACAAAGGACAACCCUUCUCGUACCCAGUCGAGACGUCCCCAAAGCUCGCACAAGAGCGCUGUUCCCCACAGGCCAGCUCGCGAUACCCGCGCCACCUCCGACAAUGCCUUUAUGACUGGUCCAACCAACACAGCAAGGCCAAGGACCCAAGGCUCAAUGCAAUCUUCUGCGUCAAUGGGUCUGCAGUCUCAUGGCAACUAUGGCCAGCCUGCACCUCCUACUAUUGCCGAUACAAAUGCUCACGGUCGAAUUCAACAACCUCAAAACCCUGACGAUGAGGAGAAUAUCGCUAAGACUGUGGGUAGUGUCCCUCCCAAGGUGAUGAAGAUGUCUACUUUCCAGAAUGAGACAAAGUCGACAGGCAGAGGUCACAAGAGGUCAAAUACCCUGGGUGAUCUUGGUAACAAGAUCAUGGGCCGUAGCGGAUCUAUCUUCGGGGGACGAUCUAAGAAGCGACCAGAGCAGCAGCAGCAGCCUGACAAGUCACGGAAGUAUCCUCCCGUCAGUAUGCCCACCACCAUGAUGCCAGGUGAGGAAGCUGGUCCCAGGCCCUCCAUGGAAUCAAAGGCCUCUCGACGAUCAUUCUCUCUCGGUCUUGGAAAGAAGCGUAGUGGCAGUGUUCAAGGUUCCAGUGAUAAGAAGGACCGUCGGUUCUCUCUGGUCAAGGCGAUGGGUCUGGGUAAGGAUCAGGGAAGUGUAACUGGAUCCGAGGCGGAUUCACAACAGGAUUUGCCCAUCCAACAUCCUCGAGCUGAGCAGCUCCGUGGCUACAGCGCUCACGAAGAGGCUCGACACAGCGAACCCUACCUUGACGCUCCCUACGAACAAUACCCUCAGCGUGAUACAGCACAGUCCAGCCCUGUGUACCACACGCGCUAUGCGAACGCUCAACAGGAUGGUCGAAGACCCAGCGCAAUCCCUACAUACAUACAAGGUAGUCAUCUGAACACAGGCUCGGACUCUUCUGUGGAUGUGCGACGACCUCCCACUGAUUCAAGGUCUCGCCCAUACCAAGCGGAUUUCUCAGAAUCAGAAGGUUAUGAUGGACGCCCAGUCGGAAGCAGUCGUGACGACCGAUCAAGUGUGCUUCAGAAGAGCCACAAGAAGUUUGCGGAUGCGUACGAUGGGGAGAACUACCGUGGCCACGAAGGGAGCAGCGGAGCCGCCAAGCGGGUGAUGGAUUUCUUCAGGAGACGCGGAAAGGCAAGGGGUGGUGAGGAUCGGUGA